AUGGGUCAAAGCUUGGAAGAGUUUCUGAGACAAGCAACGCCUGACAAGGGAUUGAGAACUUUGCUGAUGUGUAUGGGAGAAGCGUUGAGGACAAUAGCUUUCAAACUUAGGACAGCUUCUUGUGGUGGAACAGCUUGUGUUAAUUCCUUUGGUGAUGAACAACUCGCUGUCGAUAUGCUCGAUGAUAAGCUUCUCUUUGAGGCUUUGCAAUACUCGCAUGUGUGUAAAUACGCUUGCUCUGAAGAAGUACCUGAGCUUCAAGACAUGGGAAGUCCAGUGGAAGGUGGGUUUAGCGUAGCAUUUGAUCCAUUGGAUGGAUCGAGCAUUGUGGAUACAAACUUCACUGUGGGAACCAUAUUUGGGGUUUGGCCUGGUACAACUGACAAGUUAACCGGAGUCACAUGAGGAGAUCAAGUGGCUGAAGCUAUGGGAAUCUAUGGUCCAAGAACCACUUAUGUUUUGGCAGUUAAAGGGUUUCUAGGAACUCAUGAGUUCUUGAUGAAGGUACUCACUCUCCUCUGCUUUUGGUCAAAGCAAGAUUUACUCUUUGGUAGCUUUAGACUAAGCUCAAAAUGUUUCUCAGGUAAAUGGCAGCAUGUUAAAGAGACAACAUAGAUUAAUGAAGGGAAAAUGUUCUCACCAGGAAACUAGCCACGUUUGACAAUUCUGAAUACAACAAAGUUCUUUGCUUUUGUUCUGCUUUUAUCUAUACAGAUCUCUGAAUGUUUUUCUAGUUCACUAUUAAAAUCAGCUGAUUGAUUACUACGUGAAAGAGAAG